GGGUGCGGCAGCUCCCCUCAUGGGAGUCGGUGCGAGAAUUGUGAAGAAACCGAGUCUCUCUGGCCUGGCGGAGGUUGCUGGGUCACCAACUGAACCCCGACCCUCCACCUUGGGCGGGCCUUCCUGCUCCCGGAAGUAGAUCAAGAAGUUCCGGGGGCGGGAUCGGAGGUUUUUAAGUAGGCCCUGACGAGACCCAGAAUUUUGUUGAAGGAGAGCAAAAUCUCAGGAUCUGCUGAGGAGGCCUGUGUUCCCCUGAAUACCUUAACACAGGUGGAAGCUUGGCAGGAAGAAUGGCAACCAAGGUGCAAGAACAGAGUCUGGAGGCUUCCUGCUCUGACCCUGUGGAGGAGAGGGAACCAGGUAGUGACAUUGGAGCCGAGCAUCCGGACUUGGAUAGAAGCGAGCCCGGCCCAUCCAGCAAAUGUUCAGGAGCCAAACGUUCAGAGAUGCCGACCCAGCCUGUGACCCAGUGUUCUGCUGCAAAUUUGCAGGUGAAACAGGAAGAGAAGCCAGAGACUGAACAGCCUGCCGUGGUGGCUCGUUCUGCCGAAGUUACGGCGCCUGUUCCUGCACCAGCACUAGGAGAAGGGAAAGGGGCCAAACGGAUGAUGGAGGAUGAUGCCGAUGGCUUUAAGGAAAUGCCAGAUGUCUGCCAGGAGGCCAGGGAGUCUGGAAGAGCAAUGGUUCUGCCAGAUCUCUUUGGGGAGGCUCACCAAGCUUAUACCAGCCAGGGCGGAGGCUGUGCCAAGGUGGAGCAAGCAGUCCCCUGCCUUUCCAACAUGGGCUCUGAAAACCAGCGCAAGCGCUUCCGAGGGUUUGCGUACAAAGAGACUGAGGGCCCGCAGGUGGCCUACGAGCGGCUCCAGGAGCUCUUGUUCCAGUGGCUGAAACCUGAAGCCCGCAGCAAGGAAGAGAUCGUGGAGCAGCUGGUCCUUGAGCAAUUCCUGAACCUCCUCCCCGAGGAUGUCCAGCACUGGGUCCGGGAGCGUCAUCCUGAGAAUGGUGAUGAGGCCGUUGCCCUGGCGGAAGACUACCAGUUUCUGCACCCUGAGCCUGGCAGACGGCCGUACCCAGAGAGGACAAGGCAGAGGGCAUCAGCAAGGAGUUGGCUGCGCUGAACUGUGGGCCAAUGGGCAGGGAUGGUUAUCAAUGGAGAGAAUCAAAGACCUAGUUAUCUACCAAGCUGGAGAGAAACCUAGAUGGGCAAGAGGAAUCUCAGAAUCCGGAACCAUGGCAUACAUCUGCUUUACACAACCUUUACAUUGCUCUUCCCUGCUUAAGGCCAUUACCUGGAAGGAAGCCUACACCUCAUCUGUUGGAUGUGUGCUUGUGAGGAUGUAUGUGCCUGUGUAUGUAUGUGUGAGAAAAAGCUGACAAAGCCAUGCUUGAUCCUUGCUGCAGCCUACAGAGAGUGAACUGGAGCAAGAAUAAGGCAUGGUCUGGAAAGAGCUUCAGGUCUUUGUAAAAGUUUGUGUAUGUGUGAGAGAGAAAAACAACUGAAAGUGAGGAAAGACUAGCAUGACAUGUGUAUGUACAUUUUUCUAGGAUGCAAAAAAAGGAGGGCCUUGUAACCAUGGGAAUAAAUACUCUAUUCCAGCUUAGCUGUGAUCUGGGGGAUCUGCUAGCUUUCUAUAGUCCCCAAGUGUGAAUUAUGCAGAGCUUGGGAAAAGGUGUGUUUGUGGGUAGUUGGCAACAACUCCCAGGAUUCCCCAGUGGUCCUCCUCACUGUGGGAUUCUGGAAGCUGUAAUCUAAAAAAUGUAAUUGUUCCCAAGCUUUGGGGUUACGUUUCUCUGUUAUCCCUAGAGGUGUGUAAGCCCAUCUCAUCCUGCCACUCAACUUCCAUGCAUUUGCCAAGAAAACUGAAUAUUGGUUUCUCCUUUUCCCUGUAUUCAGCGCUGUGCCUCAUAGUUUCCAAGAAAUCACUGCCCUUUCUGGGGAAUCUGUGUGUUUUGGCAGGGAAGCCCCCAGAACAUCACUUGGGUGUCACCCUGAGAUAGGUCUGUUGGGGGAAUAACACAUCAGCAACCCUUCUGCCACAGCCCUGCCUCUUCAACAAACUCAUCAGUUUGUCCAGCCAAGCCAGCUUGGUAUGCAGUAGCUCCAUGGCAUUGGGGGACUGCACAUGGUUCCACACUAUGUGGGUUUGUGUAAUUACACAGCUGUCCUGGCAUUCUGUUCCCAGGGAGUUUCAGCAUCCUGUGGAGAAAAAGACCCCCUGCAACUUACUGCGCCUUCUUUAUACCUGUUAGUCAGAAGACUUGUUACAUGUAUAGGCCAGCCAACUUGGUUAUGGAGCCUUGCAGGCCCGAGCUCAGAAAUGUUACAUUUUGGCACUAUAAUUGCCAGGGCACUCAGCCGGCAUGCUCCAUGGCCAUGUUGCCCCAUACUGGCUGGGAGAUUCUUGGAGCUGCGCAAGGGGAAAAAUACUUCUCCAAGAUUGGGGGGGAGGAAAAGUAUUUUAAAUAGCAGCUAAACCAUAUUCUUAACAUGUGAGAUCACAUCUACCUUUGUGAUGAGAAGUGUCUUCCUCCUGGCCUUUUACUUAUCAGAAGGCCUGCUGCAAUGACCAACAUCCUUAUUCACAGCAUCCUCUCUCCCUGCUUGUUACUGUUGUUUAACGUUUUGUCAGUUUCUUGGAGAGGAGUUGAAACCUCCGAUUCUGAUUUGAAAGCCAUCAUGAUCUGAUGAGUCAAGAACUUUGGGAUGUUUCAGAUGAGACUUCUGAAAGGGUGCUGGGGGAAUAGGAUGGAAGAAGCUCUUCUAUCCCCUUCCUCCAUUCUGCCCCCUGUUUAUGCUAGUGUCUCAAACUUCUCAUAGAAACGUAAGCUUUUGAAAUUCUUUAGUGACCUGAUGUGAUGUAUACUCUUGCCUUGUAUCAGAUGGUUGCAUCUUUGGCUCUGCUUUAUUUGUGUAAUACUUCUGGUGUGUAUCUGUGGAUGAGCACAUGGAAUAAAAGUCUUUUCCCCCA